CUUCAUCUUUUUCUCACUGCCUUCCACUCUGAAUCACAACAUACAUAAUAAACCCAUUACCCCUUCAAACCUCCCAAAACCUUCAACCCUAUUUGGCCAUGGGAAGAACACUCGACGCUCUUCUUGGAAGAAAUUUCAGAGCCUCCAAAUUCCGCCCUCUUCUCAACCUCGCCCUCUCUCGUCUUGCCAUUCUUACCAACCAACGCCGACUGAGGCGCUCCCAAGCUCAAUCCGAUGUUCUCCAACUCCUCCAACUCCACCACCAACAACGCGCCCUUCUUCGAGUUGAGCAAGUGAUCAAGGACCAGAAUGCCUUGGAUGCGUACGUUUUGAUUGAAGGGUACCUCAAUCUCUUGAUCGAAAGGACCUCCCUCCUCGAACAACAAAGAGACUGCCCUGAGGAAUUGAAAGAGGCGAUUGCAGGGUUGCUAUUUGCUGCUUCCAGAUGUGGGGAUUUCCCUGAACUUCAUGAGAUUAAAUCCGUUUUGACCUCUCGUUUUGGAAAGGAAUUCACUGCUCGUGCAGUUGAAUUACGCAACAACUGUGGAGUCAAUCAUUUGUUAAUGCAGAAACUUUCCACGAGGCACCCAAAUUUGGAGAGUAGAAUGGAUUUGCUCAAAACCAUUGCUUCCGAGAAUGGAAUUACUCUGCAACUCGAUGAAACUCCUCUUUCCAAUGAGGCCAGAAACUCGAGACAAAACCAAUCGGAGCCACAUGGCGGAGUGGGAGAGAAUCUGAAAUUCUCCACUGAAGUCCCAUCUGGAUCGAAACAAAAGUACAAAGAUGUGGCGGAUGCAGCACAGGCCGCUUUUGAAUCGGCAGCUCAAGCAGCAGCUGCGGCCAGAGCUGCCAUGGAGCUCUCCCGCUCUGAAUCACAAGACCCUGAUGGUCCAAGCAGCCCGGGCCCUGGGUCUGCAACAACUUCAUAUCACAAACAAGAGCAAAAGAAAUCCGAGGUCGAAGCCAAACCCAAAUCGGAAAUCGAAUAUGAAUAUGGAAAAGAAGAAGAAGGCAGCAAAAUCAGAGCAGAAGCAGAAGUAAAGAAUUCAAUGUGUGGUUGUUCUUCGAACAGAGAGUUGUUUGUUAAAGAAAACAGAGAGAUGGAUGAACAGAGAGCUACAAAUAUUGAAAUUGGGGAGGAGAUGGAAGCGAAUUUAGAGAAGACAGAGAUAACUGAGAAACCAAGCUUUCGUUUAAAUCUGGAGAAGAAGCCAAUUUCAGUGAGAACAAGAAGAGUGCGUGGAUACUGAGAGAGAGUUUUGUGUCCCAUAGUUUUGUUUUCGUUUGGAUAGAUCAGAAGAAGUGUGUAAUUAUGUGGUUUAAUUUUGGAAUAUUGGCGGUAUGGAAAUUCAACAUUUUUGUUUGUUUUCUUUUGUA